GCAUCCUGUGCCAUAUCAGUAUAAAUUGGCAAGCAUCAAAUUUAACUUUUCAGAGGUAACUCACCAGAGAAAAGCCAAGCAACAUGCGUACCGCCAUCGUUGUACUUUUCUUCACCGUCGCCCUUGUGGUGAUCUGCACUCACGCUAAGGCAGUGCCUGAACCAGAACCGGAACCUGCUAAACCUGCAAAAAGUCUUAGCAAUAAGAAAUCUGGCCCUGAUGCAUCUGGAUCUGCUACGACCACUGAAAAGAAAACCAGCAAUGAGCCGAGUGCAACAUCACCGGCAAAGAAGCCUGCUCAAAAGAAGAAGGCAUACUUAGGAUCAAUUUUGUCUCCUGAUUUCAACAUACGCACUACUGUUACUGACAACAAGGUUACUGGUAAGUUCUGGCUGCGAACAUAUAUGUUCAAUGGAAACACAGUGUACUACGCGGCGCCCGCUUAAAGUGUCGAUUUUCACAGUUAGACCUAAAACGUAUCAAAAAUAACCGGUUUUUUAGGUUAGGUAGGUUUUUUUAAGAAACCUACCAGUACCUAAAACCUAAUAAUUUUGGCCAUACCUAACAAUUUUUUCUUAGGUUUUGAAAUUAAAAAAUUCAUGGAAAUGAAAAAAAAUUGAUUUAUUGUUGCAAAAUGCGAGUUUUUUUUAAUUUUUUUAAUUUUUAAAAAAAUUUUAUGAUUUUUUUUUGUCUAAUUUUAGCAAAAAUUAAUAAUCAUUUUUUUUAUAGUAAAAACUUCAUGAUUAGAAAAAAAUGCAACAAAAAAGAUCUGAAAUCUCACAAAUAGUUCUCAUCACUGAUUCAUUUUUUAUAUUGAUUUAUUCACUUAUUUAUUUUUGAGUAGGCAAUCAGCCGCAGAAGUAUAGAGAAAUUUUAAAAGUAUAUAGUGCGUAUAGUGGAUUCAAAACUCUUUCUUAAAGAGAAAAUUAUUUUUUUAACGUAGAUGUCGUUGUUAAGCCACAACUUAAAUCAAUAACAUAUUAAAAUUAUGAUUGAAACUUUUUAAAAUAUUUUUAUUGAGGGCAAAAUUUCCCGCAAUGUUUUUUUUUUAGAAACUGGUGUAGAAGAAAGUUGAUUAGAUAAAUUUUCAUUUAUAUUGAAUUGGCUGAUUUUGUUAAAAAUUAAUUAUUUCAGUUAUUAUACCUCUUUAUUAACAUUCAGAAAUUUAGUGUUUUAGAUUAAGUAAGUUACUUUAAAAUCAUUUCUUUUCUAUAGAAAGAAAUAAAAUUCUUCAAAAUUAAGUAUUAAAUUGUCAUUAAAAUCACUUAGAAAACGCUUAAUGGCGCACAACGUGUAAAACUACCGAACCUAUUAUAGGUUUUACCGCGGUGCAAAAACGACACCACUAGCGCCCGUGGUUGUAAAGCCAUAAGUCACAACCACAAUAAAACUAGGAUUUGUCUAGGCUAGGCAAGGGUGAACUUUUGUUCUUAAUCAGAACUUACUUUAUGAGCUAGGUUAAAUACCGUCACCAGCCUCCCUUCACUGUUUUAUCAAUAAUAAAAAUAUGAUAUUUCAUUUCUCUCUUUCAAUCAAUUUAAUUCCCAAUUCCCGUGCCAACUCUCUUCUAAUUUACAUAAUUUACGGGAUUUUUAAGCUCAAUCUUAAAACUUUCAUCGUGCCUGCGCGACCCAAAGAAACAUAAC